GUUAUAUGUCAAAUAUUUCAAAACAACAUGGAUAGAGAAGCGUUAGAAAAACAUUUCACCGACAUCUUAGAUAACGAAAAAGAUGUUUCGGCCGGUGUAGCUGCCAUAAGAACGUUAAUGGAAAUUAUUAAACACGGGAAAUAUACAACUGUUCAAGAAUUAGACGAAAAUAUUAAAACUGCAAUAGAUGUUAUGAGAAACACCGAUUAUCCGGUGACAGCGAUUAAUUCCGGAUGCGAGUUAUUUUUAAGAUUUAUUACUUUAGCGAAAUUGGAUAGUACUUUUGAGGAAUGUAAACAAACUAUGUUGGAUCGUGGAAUGUUUUUUUUGCAAAAACUGAAUCAAGCGAGGAAUAAAAUUACCGGUUUUGCUGCAAAAUUUAUUUUAAACGGUUCUAAAGUUCUUACUCAUUCUCGUUCACGAGUUGUUUUACAAACUCUUAAAGAAGCUGCUAGACAAAAUAAACAUUUCCAUGUUUAUAUAACAAUGUCAGCACCUGAUAAUAAUGGUGAAGGUUUUAAAAGAGAAUUAGAAACAGAGGGAAUUGAAUGUUCUUUAAUUCUUGAUGCAGCUGUUGGUUGUAUUAUGGAAAAAAUUAAUUUUGUAAUGGUUGGAGCUGAGGGAGUUGUGGAAAACGGAGGGAUUAUAAAUAAAAUAGGAACUUAUACUGUAGCAGUUUGUGCCAAACAAAUGAGAAAACCAGUUUAUGUUGUUGCUGAAAGUUUUAAGUUUACAAGACUUUUUCCUCUAAAUCAAAGUGAUGUUCCUGAUGAAUACAAAUAUACGAAAAGUAUGAGAAAUGGUGACAUCACAAAACAGCAUCCUUUGGUUGAUUUUACUCCACCUGAAUUUAUCAGUCUGCUAUUUACAGAUUUAGGAAUUUUAACACCAGCUGCAGUCAGUGAUCAACUGAUUAAUUUGUAUAUGUAACAUUUUUCCAUAAAGGGUACAUCUCCUUACUUCAUCUUAAUAAAACUUCAACAUGCUUAUAUGUA